GACGCCAACGUGACCCUUCCGCCCUUGGGAGACUUCGCUGUAGGCAUGUUCUUUGUUCCCGACAAGGACAAGCUUGAAGGGGUCAUGCAAAAUUUUGAACACUAUGCCAGCCUCUGUGAAUGCAAGGUUCUGUUUUGGCGUCUGGCCGAUGUGAACAACGCCCAUAUCGGCCCCGUCGCGGCCUCCGCAGAACCAUUAGUCGUACAGCAAGUUUGGACCGCCUCUCCAAACAAGACGGCUGUCUACACAGGCACUAACAUGAGCCCUGAUGAUACUGGCUUAAUUUCGAUAGAUUAA